UUUGGUUAUAGUCCCAGUUUCUUCCUUUGAAUAUUUCACCGCAGACAAGCAAGUUUCGAGGAUCGAUGGAGCCUUCCUCGACGAUUAUGGAACCCGUGGUAAUGCACAGUUCCAAAGUCGGUCCACCCGGCAAACAGGGCCGUCACCGAAAAAAGCAAAAAUACAACGCCAUCCGCUCGCAGAUGGAGUUUUACUUCUCGAAUGCCAAUCUCACCAAGGAUCGGUACCUCGGCCAACGGAUUAAGAGUGACCCAUUCAUUCCGUUGGAGGAAUUCCUCAAAUUCAAUCGAAUCAAGCAGCUCACGGAUAACAUUGAGGACAUUGCUACAGCGCUGAAGAACUCGGAACUGUUGCAGCUUUCCGAUGAUCGCAGUAAGGUACGCCGUACAACGGAGCCAACCGAGCGGCCGAACUGUGAACAGUGCACCAUCUACGUGGAAUCGCUUCCGCCGAAAGCAGAUCACGAUUGGGUGCGGAAUGUAUUUUCUGCCUACGGGAAGGUUGCUUACGUUUCGUUACCGAAAUUUAAGUACUCGAAAAAGAUUAAGGAAUUUGGAUUUGUAGAGUUCGAGGAAGAAUCGAGUGUGCAGAAAGCGUUGAAAACGUUUCAAGCGUUCGGCGGAGUGCUGACGUAUGAAGAAACGGAUCCGGGUAAGUUGGUCAGUAUUACCAGCUUCGGUAAGGAAAAGGAAGAAGAAGAAGAUACCAAAACAAAAGGUGUCGCUGAAAAGGAUGUAGGCGAUAAAGACGAGAAGGUAGCGGAUAAGGGCGAUAAAGAUGAGGACGAAGAGGAACCUCCACCAGCAAAGCGUAUUCGAACGGAUAAUGGGGAUAGUUCCGAAGCGGAAGGGGAUAGAGACAGUGCGAAUGAUGGAUCAGCCAGCGAGAAUGAAGUGGAGGAAGCUACGGAAGUGGACGGUGGUGCGAAGCGUGAAGUGAGUGACGUCAAAAAGAAAAAGCGUCACCGGAAGGGAACUAGUGGAGUGAAGAAAGAGAUUCAGCAGGACGAUAAGGUGUAUGAACUGAAAGUGAUGCCCAAGAAAGAAUGGCGAAGACUUCGCAACAAAUAUCUGAAUCUUCAGAGAACGGAAGCAAAGAAAUUGAAGAAACUAUUCAGCGAUUCCAACAAGUUCAGCAAAUCCAGCCAGAGCAGAACAACGAACCCUUCGACAACGGCUGCAAAAACGGUAAAGUCUUCACCUCGGGUUAACUUUUACGGUGCACUUACGGAUGAAGAAGCGGCUGCAGAAGCUACCAAGCUGGAAGAACAGGAACAGCCAAUCAAGCAGCCAUUGUUCUCGUUUGAACCAGGUUUAAUUGUGAAUAUUAAGUUCCGCGUUCCAUGUGCAAAUGUGAAGGAUUUCAAAGUCGAAUUGAAGCAGUUUUCCUACGUGAAAUACAUUGACCUGAAGGAAGCUGAUAUGGAAACGUUUGUACGGGUAGACAAACCUAGCUCGGCCAAUCAGUUGGUCAAGGAGUACAAUUCGGCCGAGUAUAGUGCCCAGAUUUUAAGCGGCGAAACGGAGAAAAGUUACUGGGACAAAAUUAAGCAGGAUCGAGAGGACAAGCUGAACAAAAAGAUCAAAGUGGAGAAGGUGCGCGGGCGGACCAAGCUGAUGAAAAAGGUAAAUACCCACAUCAAGUUUGACGAGGAUGAUUGAUCUGGAUUUUUUGGACGCAAAUGAAGCUGACCUAUGA